AUGUCUGAACUUGACAUGAAUGCUAUUGAUGAUAUUAUUAAAAGACUGCUUGCUGUAAAGGAUAAGCCACUAGGAACAUCAGCAGGAUUGACAAUAGAAGAAAUUAACAUGCUUUGCGCUAAUGUCAAAAAGAUUUUCCUCGACCAACCUAUUCUACUUGAAUUACAACCACCUCUUACAAUUGUUGGCGAUAUUCACGGUCAAUACCAUGAUCUUCUUCGCAUUUUUGACAAAAAUAAAGAUCCUUCAGUUACAAAUUACCUUUUCAUGGGAGAUUAUGUAGAUCGUGGAGUUAACAGCCUAGAAACAAUAUGUUUACUAUUCGCUUAUAAGCUUAAAAGACCAGAAAACUUCUUCUUAUUGCGUGGAAAUCACGAAUGUUCAUACAUCAACAGAGAAUUCGGUUUUUACGAUGAAUGUGUAGAAAGAUACAAUAUAGAACUAUGGCGUACCUUCUGUGAUGUGUUUAACUGCUUACCUUUAGUUGCAAUCAUUGAAGAUCGAAUUUUCUGUGUCCAUGGAGGUAUUUCUCCCUUCCUGGAUAAUCUAGAUCAAAUCAGAGAGUACGAACAUCAAAGGCCAUUCGAUAUUCCUGAAGAAGGCUUAAUAUGCGAUUUAGUCUGGUCAGAUCCGGACAUUGAAACAGAGGAUUGGGGUGCAAAUGAUAGAGGUGCAUCCUACGUGUUCGGAAUUCCUCCUCUUGAGAAAUUCCUGAAGAAAUUUAAUUUCGAUCUUGUUGUACGCGGCCAUCAAGCUGUUAUGAGCGGAUAUAACUUCCCAUUCGAUAGCCAGCAAGGAAUAGUCACAGUAUUCUCCGCUCCGAACUAUUGUUAUGAAUAUGAAAAUCGUGGUGCAACUAUGCAAGUCGAUGAAGAGCUUAGCUGCAGUUUUACCGUUUUCCCACCAAUAAACUACGACGAAGACUACUUUAUGGGCCCUCGUCCUGGAACUCCUCCUCGUGGAACAGAAGAAAACUCAACAAACGAGCUUCAUCUCUAA